AAGUGUAUUUAAUAGGAUACAUGAAAAAGUAUGGGAAAUGAGUCAGAAUAAAUGUAACAUAACAGCUCUGCUUGUAUAAGAGGGCACAAACUAUGUUAAACUGAACUAUAAAUUAUAAAUAUUAUAUAAGACGAUAAAUAAUAAUUAUUAUCAUUAUUAUAAUUAUUAUUAAUUGAAUUAGAAAAUUGUAAUCUACCCAUCAACAACCACUUUUGAAUAAGGGAGACUUAAGUCUGUAAUUCGUGUAUAACAAAAAUCAAGCUGUAUAAUGUUGUUGUUAUUGCUGUUGUGUUUUUAUUAUCCUUAAUCUCAUUAUUUAGGAGAAAAAUGCUUUUUUGGAAAAAGGGAAUAAAAUUAAAUUUGAUAUUUACAGAAAAAAAUAAAGUUAUUUAACAUUCUAAGAGAUUAGAAAGAACUUAUUUAUUACAUAUUCUAUCGAAGUUACAAUACAAUAUAAAAUAUUUCUUAUACUAAUCUGAAAAUAUUCAAAGCGUUUUUCGCGUAUCGUAGUAUGUAUAAUAUAACCCCAAAAUGUAAAGUAUGUUGUUAUUUUUAAGAGUAUUGUAUUUUGUAUCACUUCUAAUUGGUUUUGCACAAAAUAUCGUUGUAAAUAAAUUUUGUAGUAUAGAUGAGUAUGAAGAAACUACCAAGAAAUGCAACGUUCAAUUAUGUUAUUUGCAAAAUCGUUAUGUACUCUAUGAUGUUAAUCCUGCAGAAGGAUUUAAUUUAAGAAGAGAUGUUUAUAUUCGCACUGCAGUUUUUAUAAAAAAUAUAAUCAAACAAGAAAAAAGUAUUAAAUGGCAUUUAGUUUUGCCACCAUGGGAUAAUUUAUAUCAUUGGCGUAGUAAACACAUAGGAUUCCAAACUCAAUUAUCUUGGGGCUUGUUCUUUGACAUUCCAAGUUUGCAAAAAUAUAUACCAGUUAUUGAAAUGUAUCAGUUUCUACAAGAGUAUCCUUCAGAAAAUAAUGAAACACGUCUUGAUGUUGUAUAUGUCUUACAAAAUGAUGAGGAGAUGUUCAAGACGGGUAAAUUUAAAGACAAAAAUGAAAUAAUAAAAUGUAACAAUAAAGCAUUACAAUUUCAUAAAGUAGAAUCUAAAAAAUACAUUGGACAUUUUUGGGGAUAUCAUAAUAUAACUUCUAAAGCUAUUAAGUGUGUUAAAUUUCAUGGUACAAUGUCUGGUCUUAAACAAAAUCUUAAAUCUAAUGUUUAUAGAUCCAUAAUGUUUGAUCACAUGGAGAUUGCAUUACAUGACUUCUACGGCACAAUAGAAUAUUGGAAAGUUAGACGUAGUAUGCGAUAUAAUUCUGAAUUAUAUAAUAUUGCUAGUGAAUAUAGAAAAAGUUUCCUUAAUUCAACAAAUGAACAUGAUAAGACUGAACGACCAGAUGAUUGGACUAAAGAAAAAGGCAGAAGAAAUGCAAUUGGAGGACCUUAUUUAUCAGUCCAUUUAAGAAGACGUGAUUUUUUAAUUGGUCGUUCUUCAACAGUGCCAACAAUAGCAUCUGCUGCUUUUCAAUUGAAAAAUAAGUUAGAUAAGCUUGGAUUAAAAUUUCUGUUUGUUGCUACAGAUGCAACACAAGAAGCAAUUUGUUUAGAAUUUAGUGAACUUAAACAAUAUUUGUCUGAUUAUACGGUUCUUAAAUUUAUUCCAUCAGACUAUAUAUUAAAUAAAUUUAAAGAUGGCGGGAUUGCAAUUAUUGACCAGAUAAUUAGUUCUUAUGCCAGGUAUUUUAUAGGAACACAAGAAUCAACAUUUACAUUUAGAAUACAAGAAGACAGAGAAAUCAUUGGUUUUCGCACUAAAACAACAUUUAAUUAUUUGUGUAAAAAUACUGAGAAAUGUGACACUAAUGGACAAUGGAAAAUUGUUUGGUAACAUAUAAAAAUAUGUAUGUAAUUAUAUGUACGUAUAUAUUAGAUAAUAAAGUCAAUGACUAAUUUUGAACAUACAUUUUAUCAUGAUGUGUAUAUAAGUACAAUCUGUUUUUAUAUGUUUAUGUAUCUUUACUGAUAUUAAUUAUUUCCCUAUAUAAUUAUUUUCCUUAACUUAUUGCUGGUUUGCCAAUUAGUUCUUGUUCCCGAUGAAGUUCUUGUUCUCGUUGUUGUUCUCUAUUCAAGGCCUCUUUCUGUACUAUUUGCUGCAAUCUUGAUGCUCGUUUCUAUACAAAGAAUGUCCUUUCAUGAAUGGAAACCAUUUCUUUUUUCAUUAAUAUUAAUUUACCUUGACUAAUUUUAAUCAUUUGAAACUGUAAUACAUAUUCCCUUUAUGUAUUUUAUGUUUGAGACCAUUCUUCUAUAUUAGAAAUUUCUGUAAAAUCAAAUUUAUAUUUUAAUAUCAACACUUACCAUCUCAUUUAAUUUAACAUCAUUAAAAACAUCUUGGACUUUUUUAUUCUCAAUUUGCAUCUGACUGAGCAAAAUUUCUUGUUUGCUUUUUACUUCAUUUAGCUUUUUUCCACUUUGUUCCCAUUGUUCUUGAUAUUGUUUUAAGAAUCCUUCGCUUAAUUUUUUUAUAGCUAUUUUGAAGUCAAUUUCAUCUUCUUCGCUGUAAAAUUUCUCAAUUUGUGAUUGAAGUUCUCUUGCUUCUGUUUCUUUCAUAUCUGUCAUCAUUUUCUAUUCUUAAUAUUGUUACUGAUAAUUAUUUAAUAAAUUACAGUAUUUGGAUGUAAAUGUAAUGUAAAUAAUAACAUUAACUAUGAGUUUGAUAUUUGUCAGAUCAACAACAAUUCGAAAUAAACAUGAAUCGUGGCAAUAAUAACUGCACGUAGCUUCAGCAUUGACGCUUAUCUUUCUAAUAUAUGUUUGCUUCAUGCUCUUGAUGCAACUUGAACAUAACCAAGAAAAAAGUUGUAGGGAAAAAAUAUUUACUGUUUAUGAAGUGGAAUGAUAUAUUUUUGAAACAUAAUGAGAAGUUGGAUAAACAUUUUUAGUUGAGAUGGAGCACCUUCCAAAUAGAGAAUAUAUUAUGGUAGCUCCUGGAAUAAACACUGUAGCGGUGCUUCUAAAUAUAGGAUUUAUUUUUAGGUUGGAGCUAGCCAUAGUUUAAAUCAAGAAUUUGAUCUAAAACUGCAUUUCUAGACGGUUUUGUAAUAGGUGUGAAAGAUGUUUAUUUUUAAAUGACAUCUUUAGUCUUGUUUUUAUUUUUCAUUAAUGUUCUAUUUGUAUUUAAUUUUGUGCAAUAUUACUCAACUAUCAAAUGCUUAAAUAUUUUACAUUGGACAUUGAUAAAAAUGGCAAAUGACUUAAUAAUAAGAGGUAAAGAUAGACUACAAGAAAUUAGUAUUAAAUUAGAGCAAAGCCAUUUGGUUUAUUUACAAACAGAUGACAGCCCUUUAAAAUUGCAACAGCGUCGUAAACUUGAAGGUUUUAUUAAAGAAUAUCUCUGUCUUGUUCCAAAUGAAAACAAAUAUGUAUUUCAAGAAACUGCAGAUAUAUUGCAUAGGUCAGCAGCCACAUUGCAAGAUUUUAGUGGAUAUAGAGCCGCAACUGCCUGGAGUGCUAUUUCAUUGUAUGCUGCCAAUCUUUUGGCUCAGCCUUGGAGAAGAGAAUAUAGAACGUUAAAGACUUAUAGUGGAUAUUAUAAGCAUGAGGUAGAAGCAAAUUUAAUAGGAGCAGAAUUAAUGUUUGAACAAAUGGGAUACAAACAUACAGGGUUAGGAGUGCUCACUUUAGAGGGUCCUAUUGACCCUGAUAAAGUAUCUAGUGUAAGCAGAGAUGCAAUAGUUGCUUUUGUUGAAUGUCAGAUCUUGAAGCAAAUAUGGGAGAAUGUUUCGCAGAAUUACAGUAUCUCAUGGUUAGAAGUAUUAGAGUUUCGAGAAAAUCAUGUUGGUACACCAGAGCAAGCAAUCAGAGCAUUAAACUACCGUUUUCUUGAGAAAAUGCAUCAAACUCGAACAAAAGCGGAGAAUUACAGAGAUUAUCAUUAUCCGCAAACUGCAUGUAUAGAUGCAGUAUCACCGUCGAUUCCUUAUCACAUUAUGCCUCCUAGUUAUAAUAUGUCAAUGCCUGUUUGUCAAUCAGAAUACAGAUAUAUCGAAGAUACAAAUUCGAUACCUGGAACUUACAAAUACUUUCAACCAGUGGAUCACGGCUUUGGAAAUCGAUGUAGUGCCUAUGGAUAUUUACCACAUGGUAAUAAAUAUUUGAGCGGAGUCAAUCCUUACUAUACCACAAUGCCAGGAUACACAAGAGUACCAACGGGUAGAUUAAUUGAACUUGAUAUGCCGGUUUCGGUUGCGAAUUAUGACAAACUGCACAAUCGGAAGAUAUCUCAUCGAAUAUCAGACUUGGACGAAGUAGAUUUUUAUAAAAGACAUUCUAGUGAUGGAAAUCAUUAUGAUUAUGGAAGAAUCGAUAAAAAAUCGGGGCGAUCAAUCGAUGAAAGAAAUAAUUACGAUUCUUGGGAUUUUGUGUAUAAAAAUUUAGAAACUUUAGGCUAUUCUAAAGAUCUUGGUAAUCGAGAAGAUAUUUUACACAAACGAGAGUGUGAUUCCCGAUUGAGUAAACAAAAAUCUUUUAAACAAAAUGAUAACGAUGAAAAACAUAGUGUACAUGGCUUUGAAAAAAGAAGAAGCGCAAGGACUGAUGCAAAUGAGAUGGAUUCGUCUAUGACAAAUGGUCGACAUCAUUAUCACGAUACGUUACCUUUCAAAAAGAAGUCUUCUUCUUUUGACUUAAUGGAUUCGAAUAGAUAUCAUGAUGCAUCUUCAGAAAGUCAUUUAUCUUCUCAUAAUAAAGAAAAAAGAUGUAGUCAAACGCUUCCAAUUCAACGUUCUCAUCAAUCGGUGGAUCAAAUUGUAAAAAUUGUGGAUACAUUAAAAAAUUUAGAACUUUCUCAUUCAGAAAAAGAAAAUGAAAUGGAAGAAGAUGGAGAUAAGACUUGGAAUUGUGCUACUUGCACCUAUCUUAAUUUUUCAUCAAAAGAAAUUUGUGAAAUGUGUGGAAAAUCUAGGCACAAAGGAAACGAAGAUAAACCAUUAGCAAGUGGUGGAAAAGAAUGCCCACAAUGUACAUUAGUAAAUGAGAAAAAUGUCUCAGUCUGUGAUGCUUGUGGUAUCAGUUUAAAAGAUUCACCUACCUAUAUUUAGAUAUUUAAUUGUUUGAAAGAAAAAUUGCAUUGUUUUGUAUAUGUUUGAAAUUAAAAUUGGAAAUAGUAAAUACAUUUUCUGGAUGUUAGAUAUCGUCCUAAUAAGAAUUUUUGAAAUAUUUGAAAAAAAAUGUUAGUACUUAUAAUACUGAAACUAGCUGAUAUAAGUGGUAACAAUUUUUCUUGAUUGCUUUAGAAAACAAAAAAGAGUACUAUUACAUUAAUGGAACUUAGAAUUUCUUAAAUCAUAUAAUGAGAGAGAGGAUGUAUAAAAUUAUUUAUUUAAAAUUGUUUGAGUAGAUUUGUGAUAUGAGUAUAUUAAUAUUAUGGUAAUACUGCAAUGGUCUACCAUUUGUUCGGAGAAAAGUAAAAGUGUACACAUGUAAGUACCUCUUUCUGUCGAUUCAAUUAUAUUCAAUUAUAUUUAAGCAAAGAUUUAUUGUUUUCAAUAUUUUUUGUCAUUUACCAUAUAAAAUUUCUUUGUGAUUUUCUACGAAAUUUUAUAUAUACAAUUAAAUUACUUUUAUUAAAAAUUUAGUUAUUGAUUUGACUAGAUAUUUAAUAUUAAAAAUUAAACUAGUAAAGAAUUAUUAUCAAUAACAUUUGAUAGCCUAAAUAGUUUAAUACAAAGAGUUAUACAAAUUAUUUAUUCUAUAGCAUGUAUAUGUAUUAUAUUC